UCCCCCGUUCGGUCCGGCCUAGGAUCAGGGCGGCUCCUCGCUGCAGCGGCUCGGCCCGGAGCUCCCGGGCGCUGCCCUCCGUGUUCUGCGCCGCGUCCCGGUGCCGCGUGCUGGGGCUCCCGGGGCCAUGAGGCGGCCGCACGGCGCGGCGGGGGCCGCAACAUGAGCAGCUGCUGCCUGGGGCUCCGCAGAAGCUGCUUCCUGCUGUCCGUUACCGCCGCCGCCGUCCUCCUGCUGCUGUUACCCCGGGGGCAGCCCCCCGCCUCGCCCCGCCGCCGCCCGCCGCCCGCCGGGCCCAGCGGAACAGCCCCGAAACGGGAGGAGCCGCCCGCGGGGAGCGACGUGACCGGGGAGCGCGGCGGGUCGGGGGCGGCGGGGGGCGGCCGGGACAUCGCUGCGAGCCCAUGGACCGACAGGAGGAGCCGCGUGGGGCCGCACGGAGGAUCGGCCAGAGAGAGCCUGGAGCUGAAGGACAUCUUCAUCGCCGUGAAAACCACCAGGAAGUAUCACAAGAGCCGCAUGGAGCUGCUGUUCCAAACCUGGAUCUCACGAGCGAGAGGACAGACAUUUAUAUUCACAGACUGGGAGGAUCGAGAGCUGCGCCUGAAAGCAGGGGAUCAUAUGAUCAACACCAACUGUUCUGCUGUCCACACCCGACAAGCUUUGUGCUGCAAGAUGUCUGUGGAAUAUGAUAAAUUCCUAGAAUCUGGACAAAAGUGGUUUUGCCAUGUGGACGAUGACAACUAUGUGAAUCCACGGACUCUGUUGCGUCUCUUAUCUGCCUUCUCACCUAGCCAGGAUGUCUAUGUGGGGCGACCGAGUCUGGACCAUCCCAUUGAAGCAGCUGACCAUAUCCAAAGCGAUGGAUCAAAGACAAGCGUGAAAUUCUGGUUUGCCACAGGUGGAGCAGGAUUCUGUAUCAGCAGAGGUCUUGCUCUGAAGAUGAGUCCCUGGGCCAGCCUGGGUAACUUCAUCAGUACUGCAGAAAGAGUGCGCCUUCCUGAUGACUGCACGAUUGGCUACAUCAUUGAAGGGCUGCUGGAAGUAAAGCUGCUGCACAGCCCGUUGUUCCAUUCCCAUCUGGAAAAUCUGCAGAGACUACAAGGCGAGUCUGUGCUGCAACAGGUAACCCUAAGUUAUGGGGACCCUGAGAACAAACACAAUGUUGUGAGUGUGGGAGGAGUGUUUGGACUUCAGCAAGACCCAACCAGGUUUAAAUCUGUCCAUUGUCUUCUCUAUCCUGACACUAUUUGGUGCCCCAAUAAGAAGAUGUCAUAACUUCUAACCAGCUGUUGACACCUUUAUCCUACCUACUUUGCAUAAAGCAAGAGUUGUGAUGGGCUUUUUUUCUUCUGGGACACAAACAGACUUAUCUACAAAGGAGGCAGACUUUGUGCAGAAGCAAAACUGACUGGGUAAUUAUGGCAACAAGGCAUUUGUUCAGCUGCAGCCUGGGACAUUGCAGAGAAGAAAACCUGUUUCUUGUUCUUUGGUCCAGUGGCUCUUCAUAUGAUGGCUCUGAUCAUAGCUGUACAAGUCACCUUACGCUUUCAUCUCUUGUCACGUGAGCCCUGCCUAUCAUGUGAAUCUGUGCUCAGAUGCAUCCUAGGCAAAUGCAGUACUUAGAAUGAUAGCAUUCUUACUACUGUCAGCAGCUUUCAGAGGCUGUCGUCUUGAAGCUGGAAUACUGGAGCAGACUGCAGUCCCCAUGGUCGUGGGGGGAUGAAGUUUUUGCUUGUCUUUUUUGCAAACAAGACUUAGGAACUUCUGUGGCCUGCCAUAUUAUACCUCUUCCACCUGUGAGCUGAAACACGGUCUGUCUGUAAACACCAGAAGUCCAGGAAUUGCUGGGGUAGGACAAGGGUGAAAGCCUUUGUCACGAGAAAAACCCUGUAUAAGGGUAAACUGAUUCAGGACUGCACAAGAGUUGCUUACAGCGUACAUUCUUCCCAGCAGUCUUUGUGUACCUCCCAUGGAGGUGAUUGUCAGACUUGGCAGUCUUACCACUGAAUGGCAGUGGCUGUUGAUUAUGGUGGUGGUCUGCUAGGUCCGAGACUAUUCCCUUGGCAUUUGAUACUGAAGAAGUAUUUGCCAGACUAGUUGGUAACUGUUUCUCCUCCUUGGCCCUCAGCAGGUUAUAUGACUAGAGCAAUGCCCAUUGGCAGAUGAAACACCCUGUUUCUGAAGUCGUGCUGUAUACUUUACUGCCUGUGAGGGAGGAGGAAUGCUAGAUGGCUGUAGAGCCAAGAAAGUUUUUGAUGAUAACAUUUGAGGUCUUUUAAUGUGUUUGUGGUUACCCCACUUCAGCUUCUUAAGUUAACCUUUUGAGAUCAGUGUGUCUUUUUACUCUACAUCUUAAUGUUUCAGUAAGUAACUCCAGCACUUGGUAAAAGGAAACUGUAUGCUGAUAUAAAAGCAGGAGUCCAGUGCUGUAGCAAUAUCACCUGCUGCUGCAUUAGGAAUUAAAUAAGCUUAGUUUUGAAAGUGGAGGAAUUAAGUCUCCAUAUGUUUAGUUCUGUUACUCCCAGCUUUGCCUUUGUGCAAUCUAUACUAGACCUGAAGAACAGCAUGAAAAAGGAUUUUGUAAAACCACUGUUUACACUCCAACUCUUCAGAACAGACUUGCAAGCUUAGUACUAGAGGCUGGGGCUCUAAGUGGAGAAUAAUAGCAUGAUGUUGUAUAACCUGGAACUAUGACUAAUGGCUAGAGUUCGGACCUAGUAAGCUUCAGAUUCCUAUCAGCUGUGCUGAGUGGUGUAUUUCAGCUGGCUGCUUAACUUCUUCCCAUUCAAAAAGCGGUACCAUGUAGGCAAACACCUGCAGCACAUUCAAGUAUGAAAUGUAGCGUAGGUGUCAGCCUCCUGUAACAUAUUCUUCUCUGCUUUCUGUUUUUAAAGCAAACCUUUCAACAACUGGAUACAUUGGCCUCUUUGCAUGACUUUAUUUAAUUGUACAGAGGAGCAAACAAGCUGACUACUUGCUAAAGUCCACAGCUUGUUAAAUUUCUUUUCCUUUAUCUGCUAAGGCAGUGAUUCCACCAUGAGGCACAGGAACAGGAGUGCUGCAGGCAAUUGGAUCAAAGUCCAGCUAGCACAGGGGCUGUUUCGAAGCAGGAACAGGGUAGGUUGUGGGAUGUUGUACCUCUCCAUUGGGUGUUCUGCUCACUAGAACUGAGAUGUCCUGUGGUUCAAUGAUAUGUCAUUAAUGGCUCUGGAGAUUACUGGCAUCUACAGAAACACUUUUUAAAAAACACUUGGUGGGUUCUUGUUUUCAGCCUCCUCAUAGCAAGAAGUUGUGAAGCUGCUUAAGCACUUAAUGAGAUGCCAUCCUCAGUGACCUCUGUUUUCUGCUGGAGCUUUUCUUCCUCCCUAUUAAGAGCAGCCUCCUGUCAGUGCAGACAGCACAACUGGGUAGUGGCUAUGCAGCAAACUGGAGUUUAAAAGUGACAACACUUUAUACUGAUGGCAGCAGAACUGAGUACAAGUCCCAUACUGCAGUCACUUCCCACCUGAAAUGGAGUUUGCUGCCUCUUUAUCAUGCCUAGUGCUGGUAGGGUGCUUAUGGAGCUGAAAAAGGGCUGUGUUCUUCUGUAUGUCAACGCAGGAUUGUUUGUGCUCAAGCUUCUUUUAAGGUUUCUCCCGUUCACGUUACAGUAGGCUCUGUAGAUAUGCUGGGAUGCAGCUUCUUAAACUACUGUGUCAUACAUAAAAUGAUUCUAUGGAAUAAAUAUUUAAGAAUGUCAA